AUGUCUGAUCCCGCCAAGUCUGCAGAGAGUGUUCAGCAAGUGGAGCGCCCUGAAGGUGUUGCAGAGAUGAAGACGAGCGCCGCUGUUGACACAGUCCACAAUGACGAGGCACUCAAGGUGCUCGAAGGCUACACCGGCGACUAUGAAUGGACAGAGAAAGAAGAGAAGAAACUCAGAAGAAAGAUAGACUGGAGAUUGAUGCCAGUGCUAUGCAUGACAUACGGUCUCCAGUAUUAUGACAAGGCCAUGCUUUCGCAGGCGGCUCUCUUCGGAUUGCGAACCGACUUGGACCUGACGGUCGGUGAUCGAUAUUCGAUGUCGGCCGCCAUUUUUUACCUUGGUUUCAUUGUCGGUGCCUAUCCGACUAUGAUUUUGGCCCAACGAUUUCCAAUCGAGCGAGUCGCCUCGGUUAUUGUCACUCUUUGGGGUCUCACCUUGAUCCUUACCACUGUAUGCAGAAACUAUCGCGACCUUUACGCUCAGCGGUUCUGUCUUGGACUACUGGAGAGCGGCAUCAGCCCAAUGUUUAUGCUCAUUGUCGGAAGUUGGUACAAGAAGAACGAGCAAGCCAUGCGAAUGGGUAUUUGGUACAGCUGCACGGGCUAUGUUUCGAUCUUCUCUCCCCUAAUCAACUUCGGUUUCGGCAAGCUCAAUGGCGGAGUCUCUUCGUGGAGAUACAUGUUCUACUUUGCCGGGUCGCUGACAAUUGUCUGGGGUCUGCUCCUGUACUUUGUCCUCCCUCCCGACCCCAUUCGCGCAAAGGGCUUCAACGAUAGAGAAAGGUACAUCUUGGUAGCCCGGUUGCGAAGCAAUAACUCGGGCGUGCGCAACACUCACUACAAGAUGGAGCAGGUCGGCGAGCUCGGUCUUGACAUCAAGUUUUGGCUGGUUUUCGCCAUCGCAUUCCUCUGCAUGAUUGCAAAUGGACCCAUCUCGACAUUUGUUCCCAUCAUCAUCAACGGCUUUGGAUUCAGCACUCUCAAUUCCCUCUUACUUACUAUGCCGGCGGGUGCGUAUGGAGGCACUGUACAACUCCUCAUGCCAUACCUGGCAUACAAGUUCAAGAACUGCCGCACUUGGAUUGUGUUUGGUGCUCAGAUGGGAACCACUCUCGCUGCCCUCUUAUUGUGGCUAUUGCCGCGGUCAGCCAAAGGUGCUCUUCUCUUUGCUGCCUACAUUUUGCCGUCCGUUGGAGGAGGAUAUGCCGUUCUCAUGGGCCUGCAGAUCGCCAACACUUCGGGUUACACCAAACGAUCGAUUGCUUCGUCCGGCCUUUAUAUUGGUUACUGCCUUGGUAACUUUGUCGGACCCUUGGUGUUUCGGAAGGAAGAUGCGCCUAAUUAUGCUCCUGGCUUUAUCGUUGUUGUGAUUACAUCUUUGGCUGCAGGAGUUCUCGGCCUUGUCUAUCGAUUUGUCUGCAUUUGGUACAACAAUAAGCGUGACAAGGCUGGCAUCAUGGAGGGCUUUGACCACGCCUACGAGGACGAUCUCACCGACAUGAAGAACCCCCAGUUCAGAUAUAUCCUCUAG